AUGAAAUCGAUUCCGAAACGUUCUCAUUCGAGAACUCGUUUUGACUAUCGUCCCAAUGGUCUCUCAAUCUACUAUCAACGUUCCACUGAUGACGUGGAAGAGGAAAUGAUGAGAAUUCGUGUGGUUACCGAUGGAAAACCAAUCGACGACUCUCUCCGUUCUUCCGUUUCUUCACCACCUGAAUCUUCUUCAUGGACCACACUGGGAUCCACGUCUUCUGUUAGCGGAACAAGUGAUAAGACGAAGAAAAGAACGAAGAACAAGCACAGAAAACGGAAGAGUAAGAAUAAGAACAAAUCUUCGAAACAUCAAAAACGAAUGACAUCUCGUCCAGUGAUCCUUUCAAAGAAAUGGAAGACGUGUUUGAGAAGAAAGAAGGAACCAGAAGGCAUGGACAAGAAGUCGUUGCGAAUUCUGGAUGAUUUGAAGAUCUUGAACUUCAAGAUCCGAGAAAAAAUCUCUCCUGAUUCCUCUCCAUCUCCAUCCGACGUCACAAGAACUGCAGUUGAACGUAGCCAUUCCAUGUCACCGAUUCUCACUGCAGAAGCUUUUGAUUAUCGUGGACGUCCUCUGAAACCUUCUCUUGCAAUCACUCCAUUCCCUGGGGCUCGAUCUGUGGAGACUAGAAAAAAGGUCAGAGAGUUUCUUCUUGGAGUUGGAAAAGAUAAGGAAAAGAAGGAGGAGAAAUCCAAGAAGCCACAAUUUGCUGAAUUCAUGAAACCGCCUGUUCCACCAAAGGAGAAGAAGAAAGAGGCUCCGCCCAUCAAACUGACACGUGUCAGUUCGGAUACCAGAUUUCCGGGUGCUCGUUCUCCAGCGACUCGUGAGAAGGUUCGGCUGUUGCUCAAGGAUUGUGUUCUGAAGAAAAGAUUGAAGGAAUCGGUGAAUGAGGGACCGUAUGAUAAUGCAGAACUGACUCAAAGUUUGAAGAAUAUUGUGAAGGAAAGAGAUGAGAGGAAGAAGAAAGAGGAAGAGGAAAAGAAGAAAAAGAAGAAGAAGGAGGAGGUGGUGAAGGUGAAGAAGACUGAAUCGACCAGUUCCAGUUUGAGAACCAUUUACUCGAAAAACGCAAUUGGAUGUAACACCUGUACCAGCUGUACCAGAUGCAUCAGUUUUUGUACCGAGCAGCAUACCAGAAAGGAGAAGAAGACGACUGAGGAUUCUUCCAAAAGUAGAAAGGCAAAGAAGGAUAAAAAGAAGAACAAGAAGAAGAAAAAGAAGGAAACCAUCAGCAAGUCCUCCAGAAGUUACAGUACUUCAACUGCUUCUGAAUCCAUCGAAAUUUCGGAGAAGUCUAAGAGAAAGUCCAAGAAGAAGAAGUCCCAAUUCUUCUGA